GGCUGGUCUUGCAAUGCCUUUGAAUAUUUUACUUUUAGUCAGUUUCCCUUCAGAGUCAAACACAGACACACACAAAUGCUGAGCUGAAGUGAACCACAGCAAUGGGCUCCACUGGAAGAUCUAAAAUCUGAUCACACACAAUCUCUCUCCCUGAUUAUCUCUAUGACAUACCUCUGUCUGUCUUUAUAGACAGACAUAUACACACAGAGAGGGAGGCAGGAACACUAUCAGCUACACCAUCACUAUAAACAGAACACCUUAUCUCUUCUUGCUACACACAAACACACACACACAGACAGAGAAAGACAGAGAGAGAGAGAUUGAAAGAGAGAGACUCACACAUCUCUUUCUCCCCUCCUGGCUUCCCUGGAAGAUUUUGCUGGCUGUUUUUCAUGGAGAAAGUCCAAGGAGAAAUGGAGAUUGAGAGAUGGGAAAGAAGCGAAGAGAUGUCAGACGCAGAGAAAAAGGUGAUUCAGGAGACAUGGAGCAGCGUGUAUGCGAACUGCGAGGACGUUGGGGUCUCCAUACUGAUCAGGUUUUUUGUCAACUUCCCAUCUGCCAAGCAGUACUUCAGCCAGUUCAAGCACAUGGAAGACCCGCUAGAGAUGGAAAGGAGUCUGCAACUGCGUAAACAUGCCAGGAGGAUCAUGGGGGCUAUUAACAGUGUUGUGGAGAACAUCUAUGAUUCAGAAAAAGUCUCCUCCAUCCUCGCCUUGGUGGGCAAGGCACAUGCUGUCAAGCACAAAGUGGAGCCGGUCUACUUUAAGAUUCUCAGUGGCGUUAUCCUGGAAGUGCUUACAGAAGAAUAUGCCAAUGAGUUCAGCGCUCCAGAGGUUCAGAGAGCUUGGGCCAAGAUGAAGAGCCUCAUCUGCACUCAUGUGACUGCUGUGUACAAGGAGGUGGGCUGGGUGCAGUAUCCAAACUCCACGAUGAACCCCCAGGUGACGGCGGUGGCGGCGGCAGCAGCAGGAGCAGCAGCCAAGUGACAGAGCCCCUCCCGCAGACCUGAAAUGCUGUUUCUCAAUGAGGAAUAAACUGGCACCGGAACAUGAGAGCACCCAAGAGAACUACAUCUGUCUCCUUUAAUUAUCCCGUGUACAUAUUAGUGAGUGGAAGUGCUUUAUGAUUUCUAUAGCUAAGGCCAGCAAAGCUAUAGAACACCCGAUGUGCAGAAGCACUCUCCCCAACAUAUAGACAGGCAAAUUUAAAUCACGUACACUGUGACGGGGGGGGGGGGAGGGAAUAUCUUUAAUUUCCCCAGGGGGAAAAAUAUACAUCAACUUGAUCAAGACUGUUACAGUUCAUACACGUUUAUAGCUCUGGAGACUUGCAAUUUUUGUCUGCCUCGCAGAGCAUGUUCCAUCGAACGGCACUGAAUCUGUCUGUUUCCAUCUUUUGUAUGAGAAUUUAAAGCUCUAGUAUUUGAACUCUGCACGUACUUUUGUGCUCAUAGACCACUUCUGGGUAACUCUGUGCCCAUGUUUUAUUCAAAACACUGGUGAUGUGUGCAUAAGUGCUUGCAGGAUCUAGGUCCAGAAUUGUAUCUGCAUGAUCUGUUCAGAGCCACAUCCUUAUGGGAUACAUUUGAUCACAGUACAUCUAGCCUAGAUUUGAAAUCUUAACUAUGGGUCAAAUUCUAGUCUUGUCUGUCAUCUCUGCUUUUCUCUGCUGUUAACUCCUCUAGACUGGAGUUUCUCUGGAAUUAUAUCAACAGUGUUUCCAACACUCACUGUUUUGUCGUGAGUGUCGUAUUAUCUAGUGUUUCCUCCCCCUUAUAGAUCCAACUCCAGGAUUCAUGAAAUUACAGGAGAAUCUUUCAAGGGGGUUUAGCCAAAGUUUGAAUUUGUAGAGUGAGUGCAACCAAAAACCAAAUGAUAUAUUAGAAGUAUAUAUCACUAUAUGUGUUUCUAGACAUCUUAUGAUGUCUUAGACAUUCUCAUAAUUUGAGAGGGUGUUAUGAUUUUUAGCUGAUCUUAUAAAUCUUAUAAAUAAAGACUUAAGGCCGCUGAGUGCCAUGGGGCUUUCUCACAAAUAAGUGUGCAUUGAAUUGCAGUCUUUAUUACACGUUUAGGCCAGACCCCAGGGCCAGUUAUAAUUCCCACUGGAGUCAAUGAGACUCAUAGUGGUUUAACUGUACACAGAAUUCAAGCUUCAGAGCUGGCAGUACUGCACCAGGAUAUAUUCAAGUGUAUCUAUACAUUAAACUUUUCUUUUUUGCUCUUAUAAUUCACUAUGAUUAGAUUUGGAAGUAUUUGUUAUUUAUUUUUUUGGUGAAAUCCAGCAGGUAAUGUGGCUGUUUGACCAGAAAAGAAACAGUCUGGCUGCUCCUGUGAACAUAAGGACAGCCCUGCUGGAUCAGGCCCAAGGCCCAUCUAGUCCAGCAUCCCGUUUCGCACAGUGGCCCACCAGAUGUCACUGGUGUGCUCAUGGUGUCUCCCCUGCCUUUAAAACAGAAGUUUGAUCUGCAAAAAUCAGUAAGUGAAGUUUUUCACAGCAUGGAGAUAAACAUUAUUACCUGAUAGCAGGUGAUAUCCAGGCUAAGUUAUCCAUAACUAAGUCCCAUUGAAGUGAAUGGGACUUAAGUCAAUUGAGACUAAUUUGUCUCAUUGAUUUCAAUUGUAUUAGUCAUGACUAACAAGUCUGGAUGUUGUCCAAUGUCUGCAGAGUAAUCUGCUGUUACAGACACAGAGCAGGGGACAGUAAAAAAAAAGUUGGCAAUCCUACUGCAGGUAUUUUAAUAUUUACAGUUUUUAAAGUUCAGCUACCAAAAAAUUGUGCAUUAACCACACACACACACUUAUUCAAAAGUAAUGAUCUUGAUGGCUGAGAUUUGAAACUCAUCCAGAAUUAAACUAUGAUCAUGUGCCAUGAUCUAAAUGUACUUUGGAAAAGAAAGACCACACACACACACACACACACCCCUAUUAAGCAAUACUUCAGAAUUUUUCUUUCCAGCCCCAUAAAUUUUAAUUCAUAACAAUUCCUCUUGACUUUUCUGUUUUUUCCAUGAUGGCAAUGAUGGGCGAAGCCUGACUGUUACAGUUUCCAUACACAAAAAGCAGCUAUGUAUUGCUUUCUCUAUAUAUUUUUGACUGAAGCAAUUUUAUUAUAAAUGAGAAUGAAACCACCAAGGAAGAAUUGAUUUUUUUAAAACAGCAAAAUCACAAUGUGUGCAUCAUCUUGCCUGUCGUAAACCAGAGAUGGAAACUUAAAAGCCAAUGGGAGGCAGUGUAGGCGUUUCGAUCUUGUGAAAGAGAGUGCAAGGAAACCAUACAAUGUUGCUCUUUACUGACUCCCACCAAUUCCAAUCCAUUCCUUCCAACCCUGUUUAAACUGUAGGGUCCCUUGGGGCAGGAAGCUGUUCAUCAUUUGGAUUGUUUGUUAACAGCCAUGCACAAAAAUGGCACUGUAUAAAUAAUAAAUAUUAAUACCUAUGAUUUAACUGUGUAUUUUAUAAAAUAGGCUUUUGGUGCUAUGAAAAGUGAUUUGUGAAUGUUCUCCUCCUUUAUCGUAUUAUAUCCUCUUGUUUACUAUCCAUCGUACUGGUUGAUCCCUAUUGUAAUUUUCCUCUGUAUUAUUUGUAUGACCUAUGUAUGCUGCCAAUAUGCUGUCUUGUGGUUUUGUUUAAUCUUUAUACAUCUGUUCCUUGU